GAAAUCAAAGUCACCACUCGUAUUGAGGUUAGGUGUUCUUGGACGUCCGGAUAUUGUUUUUGUGACGAAUUUUGAGAAUUUCUUCAGGUUUUCUCUGUGUUUUUCACGCAAGAACUGAUCAGACGGACUUACAAGAUCUGCUUGUCUAUCGCUCAGGAAAGUUGCGUGUUUGACUAUGGAGAUGCCCCUAAUUGUACCCCUCCGGAAUCCCGGUGGGACGAGCAAAAAGAAGUCGUGGUCAGAACUGAAAGGGGUAGUGACGGAACUACGGAGGCAUCUCAUGGCACUGUCCAGUGUCAUUCCGGCAAACAUUAACUUUCGCACCCUAUCUGAUGGUCGGAUACGCAUCUAUUUUCUCAGUACGCCACCCAAUGGCUGGGAAACGACACUGCUGUACGUGGAUAUUGCGCAGACGGACGACAUCACACCAAAAAGACUGCACUGGAACUUGCUGCUGGAACCUACGAUAUCUAGUCUCACGAGUACAUCGACAUCGCGGGAAGUUCAACUCCUGCUGGAACGGAAGCGCCUAUCCACGUGGGGUAUUUCGUCAUAUGAACUCCACCAGGGCAGCGGAAAAAUUGUAUUCCCAGCUUCUAGCACCCUGUAUCAGUGUCACGAUACUGGCUUUCACUCGGGCACUGUGUUUCCCACAGAAUUGCGAAUCUGCCAGCUCUGGGCUGCCAUUGAUCCCCAGAUCUGUCCCCAGAAUUCCGAUCUUGUGGCAUAUGUCUGCGGCGGAGAUAUCUGGGUGACGCAUACUGUGAGUCUCCAUGGGGAGCGCCUGACUUACGCCCACGAUGGCCGACGCCCCUUUUCCGACGAUCCCCUGAGCGCUGGGGUUCCGUCUUAUGUGAUGCAGGAGGAAUUCAAUCGCUACCAAGGUUUUUGGUGGCAGCCACAGUCCGAGGAUGGCGUUUACAGGAUAGUCUAUGAGGAAGUUGAUGAGAGUGAUGUCACUCUCUACACCUUCCCUUCAUCUGAUUCCGUUGGUGGCGAAUACGAAGAGUAUCGCUUCCCACGGGCAGGAUCCCCCAAUGCCAAGUCCAAACUGAAACUUGUGCAGUUCUCAUUGUCAGAGAAUCUGCAGAUCUCUGACAUCUGCAUCAAAGAUAUGCAGUGUCCGCUCACGUACGCCUUUCCCUGGAUGGAGUACAUUGUUCGUGUUGGAUGGACGCCGGAUUCGAAGUACAUUUGGACUCAGCUGAUGAAUCGUCUUCAGCAGCGUCUGGAAGUGGUGCUAAUACCCAUUGAUAACUUCUGUGAACCCUACAGUAGUGGGCCAUCGUCACCGGCUGGAGAAGAAUUGGACUGGAAGAGUCCACUGGGACAGACAAUAAGUCCGAUGCAGGUGAUCUAUAGGGAAACAUCGGCAACAUGGGUGAAUGUACAUGAUUUGCUUCAUUUUCUCGAUGUCACUCCUACUACGGUGUCCUUUCUCUGGGCAUCGGAAGAGAGUGGCUUCCGGCAUUUGUACUUGGUGACGUCCAGUUUGCUGGGCAAUAGUGUCAAUGGAGUGAGAGAUGAGAUGUCCCAGAUCUCAUCUAGUCCUGAUGAUUCUCACACUAAUACAGCAAAUCUCCAUCCGCGGAUUGUCAAUAAAGUAGCCCUGACUGGUGGUGAAUGGGAGGUUUUGGGCAGGAAUCUCUGGAUGGAUUCAGCUCGACAGAUAAUCUAUUUCCAAGGACUGAGAGAGAGUCCACUAGAGAAGCAUCUCUAUGCUGUUAGUCUGAGAUCACCGGGAAAUGUGAGCCUUCUUACGAAACGAGGCUAUUCGUAUACAGUGGACUUCAAUCAGGACUGCACAAUUUUGGUCCAGACGUACUGCAACAUCCAAGAACUGCCCACGUGUGAAGUGAAGAGUGUCACGCAGACGUGCACAAAUGGAAGUGUCAAUGGCCUUGUUCUCACAUCACUGGGCUUCCUUCUUGAAGGAGGUGCCCCUGAGAAUCCUCACUACUGCCCCUCCAUCUACAAUCCUCGCCUCCACAAUGGUGAAGUUCUCUAUGCCAUGGUGUUCAAGCCACACAAUUUCACACUUGGCGUCAAAUAUCCAACAAUUCUCAAUGUGUACGGUGGACCAGAAGUUCAGACCGUCAACAACACCUUCAAGGGAAUGCGUCAGCUUCGGAUGCACAUGCUGGCAGCUCAAGGCUAUUGUGUCAUCUGUGUGGAUUCACGUGGCUCUCGCCACAGAGGGGUAAAGUUCGAAAGUUACUUGAGAUGCCGAAUGGGAACUGUUGAGCUUGCUGAUCAAGUGGAAGUUCUUAAAAUUUUGGCAGAGCAAUUGGGGUACAUUGAUAUGAAUCGCGUAGCAAUUCAUGGAUGGUCCUAUGGGGGAUAUUUGAGCCUUAUGGGAUUGGUUCAGUAUCCGGAUGUUUUUCGGGUGGCUAUUGCUGGUGCUCCGGUAACUAAUUGGGAAUACUACGAUACAGGAUAUACAGAGAGAUAUAUGAAUUUGCCUGAGAACAAUCGACAAGGAUAUACAGCUGGUUCUGUGCUGAGUUACAUCAAUAAAUUCCCAGAAGAGGAAAAUCGUCUACUUAUAAUUCAUGGCCUAAUCGAUGAGAAUGUGCACUUCUUUCAUACUUCUCAGCUCAUUAAUUGCCUGAUAAAGGCCAAUAAACCGUACCAGUUGCAAGUUUAUCCCAAUGAACGUCACUCACUGCGCAAUCUGGAAGCUAGUAAACACUAUGAGACCACACUUCUAUCCUUCCUGCAGAAUAAUUUGUGAAUUAAUUUAGGGAGAUGAAGGACGUUGGAGUUGGUUGUUUCUAAUGCUUUUGGAAUUUUGCAUUGUGAAACUACCAAUUGGUAAGUUCUGCAAUUUUAUUAGAAAAAAAACAUUGAAGAAGAAUUGUAACAAUUUAUGCAAGAGGAUGAAGAAUUACGGUCAUUGUUUUGCAAUGUUGUUUUAUCGGGGAAUUUGUUUAUCUAUAAUUAUUAUUAUUAUUAUUUUUUACUUUAGAAUUUUAUCAUUAUGCCAAGUCAUUUUUUUAAUCUAUCUCCUUUUAUUUCUUUUUCUAAGAAAAUAUUUACUUAUGCGUUAUAAGGAAAAUAAGUAAGAUAAAAAAAGCUAAUUAAAUAUUAAGAAGCGAUGAAAGUAAUACGUAUUUUAAUAACAAUAUUUAGUAGAUCAGAUAAAAAAAGUAUAUAAGUAAUUGUUACUGUUUUUUCUUUUGUAGAAAUAUCACAACGCUAAAUGGAAUGUUUUUUUUUUUAUAAUUUUUUCCCAUUCUUGUCAAUACUCCAAGAAUUUAAUUAUUUAAAAGAGAAUGUGCGAAACUGGAGAUUUAAUAGCUUUUGUGAUUUAUUGAAAAGAUUGAAAAAAAAGAAGAAACAAAAAAUAGUAAAGAGAACAAGAAUAUUUUGCACUCUUUUUUAGAUAAAACAUUUGAAAAAAUAAUAAUUUUCAUUUCAUUAGAUAUUUCUCUAUAACGAAAAUUAUCUGGUUGUUGAUGAGAUUCUGUAAUUUAUUUGCAUGAAAAGUUUUUAGUAUUAAAAAGAAAAAUUUCCUUUUUCAGUUGUACAGAAAAGAUUAAAAAAAAAUUGUGAAAUAUGGCAUGAAUCCUAAACAAUAUUAAUUUCUUUUUUUAAUGUCCGAAUUAUAAGCAAUUUAAUGUGAACACUUUUCACUUUGGACACAAGAUUAAAAAAAAAAAGAAAUAUGAUGAAAAUUUAGCGCUAUUUUUGUGUACAAUGAAUAUGGAAACAAUUGUAUUUUUAUAUUUGCGAAAGGAGAAAUAAUAGAUUAUAUUAUUAAGUGAAAAGAAAAAAAAACAAAUUGCAAGAGGUAAUAAAUUCUUGCAAAUAUGCUCAAAAUAUAAUCCAACACAAUUUUUCCCCUUCUCAGCUAAUCACCAAUCUCCACCAUGCUAGACUAAUAUCUAUUUUUUUCUCAAUUAUCGCGACAGAACAGUAUGAUUAUCAUGUGCAAUUGUUAACUUGUGGAAAUGUCCUCCUUCAUUUCCAAUUCUCAUGAAUAAAACAACUCGAAAUUUUGCAAUUUA